CUGAUGAUGAUGGUGUAUCGGAAAAUUUGAAUUCGGUGGAUAUUCAGUUGAACGGGUACCGUCGGAGUAUUAAGACGAUAUAUACAUACAAAGUAUUGAAAUAUCCUUGUAAAAUUUGUGUGUUUAGAAAAUAAAAUCGAAGUUUUUUGUGAUUAAAAAUGGCUGCGAAUUCUCCGAGGACCCCAAGACCACCUGCGCACAUAAAUAUGUAUACGGAUAGAACUAUUCAAGCCAUACCUGUACCACCGCCUCCAGUACAGCAUCAUGUACAUCAAGUUUAUCAGGGGCUGAAGACUUCUGAAAACGACGAGGUUGGCUGUGUGGAAGCAAUUUCUAUAAUAGUAUCACUCAUCAUCAUGUUCCUGACCUUUCCCAUUUCAAUUUUCGUUUGCUUCAAAGUGGUUUCAGAAUUCGAAAGAGCUGUGAUAUUUCGAAUGGGUCGAUUGAGAAGCGGUGGUGCUCGAGGUCCUGGAGUAUUUUUCGUCCUGCCAUGUGUUGAUGAUUAUUGUAAGGUCGAUCUUCGUACUGUUUCCUUUGAUGUACCACCCCAAGAAGUCCUAUCAAAAGAUUCCGUAACAGUGACAGUUGAUGCAGUUGUCUAUUAUCGAAUAAGUGAUCCUUUGAAAGCCGUCAUUCAAGUAUCGAAUUAUAGUCAUUCGACAAGACUUCUAGCUGCUACGACACUUCGAAAUGUCUUGGGAACGCGAAAUUUAUCUGAACUUUUGACCGAAAGAGAAACUAUUUCACACACGAUGCAGGUUUCUUUGGACGAGGCUACCGAUCCAUGGGGUGUUAAAGUCGAAAGAGUUGAAAUAAAAGACGUUUCACUCCCAACAGCCUUACAACGCGCUAUGGCCGCUGAAGCUGAAGCCGCUCGUGAAGCUAGAGCUAAGGUCAUUGCAGCUGAGGGUGAAAUGAAGUCAUCACGAGCACUUAAAGAAGCAUCAGAUAUUAUUUGUGAGAGUCCUUCUGCCUUACAGCUUCGAUAUUUACAAACGUUAAGCAGUAUUUCAGCUGAAAAGAAUUCAACAAUUAUUUUUCCACUGCCAAUGGAGUUACUGACACCGUUUCUAUCGAAUUGCAGUAAUUGUACUUUUAAAAAAUGUGGCACAUAGUUCCUGGUACAUAUUAAUUUGUUUUUACGAAUCAAAGUUAUAGUUUGUAAUAUUUAAAUAAACCAAAAUGAAGAGAUAAAUAUAAAAUUAAAUAAAACUA